UAUAUUCCUACUGUAUAAAGCCAAUCACAAUGAGAAACGACGAAAACAGAAAUAACAUAAUGAGUUCAGCAGUGCAGCAAAGCUACCGUAUCUGUGAGCAAAUCGGCAAAGGACGAUUCGGCGUCGUUUACAAGUGUUACUCAUCGGAAACCGGCGAGGAAUUCGCCGUGAAAUCAAUCAACAAAAUCCUCAUUUCCGAUGACUCUAUCGAUCGUCAAUGUCUAUACAAUGAAGCUAAAAUCAUGCAAUUGGUGUCUCCUCAUCCUCACAUUGUUCGUAUCGCUCAUGUUUAUGAAGAUGAUGUGUAUCUGGAUAUUGUUCUUGAGCUUUGUUGUUCGUCUGAUCUGUUUCAACGACUUGAGAGUCGAGGAGUGUUUACGGAGUCUGAUGCUCUUGCUGUUAUGGUUCCAUUAAUGGAGGCAAUAGCACAUUGUCACAAACUCAGCAUAGCUCACAGAGAUAUCAAGCCCGAUAACAUCCUCUUCAACGACCGGAACGUCUUGAAAUUAGCCGAUUUCGGCUCGGCUCACUGUUUCCACAACGGCGAGUUGAUGAACGGAGUAGUAGGAACGCCGUUUUACGUGGCGCCGGAGGUAUUAGCGGGAAAAAAAUACGACGAGAAGGUGGAUAUUUGGAGUGCUGGAGUUAUUUUGUAUGUAAUGCUCGCUGGAGUUCCGCCGUUUUACGGUGAGUCUACGUCGGAGAUUUUUGAUGCGGUGAUUAGAGGGAAUCUUAGGUUUCCGUCGAGGAUUUUUCAGGCGGUGUCGCCGGCGGCGAAGGGUUUGAUAAGGGGAAUGAUAUGUAAAGAUGUUUCUAGAAGAUUCUCAGCUCAACAAGUUCUUCGUCACCCAUGGAUCACCAACAAUGAUGAGACGAAAAAAGUUGCUGUUCUAGCUUGAGAAUUUUGGCCCCUCGGAGUCAUCGUAUAGUUACUGUAACUCCUACUACUAGGAAACAAUCCCUAAUUUGGACUUUUUACAUCCAACAUCGUAAUAGAUAGUGUAGAUAACUUGUGUGACCAGGAGAUUACGAGUUUAAGCUAUGAAAAUAACCUCUGGCGUAAAUGCAAUGUACGACUCUAUACAAUAGAUCUUUGUAGUCUGACCCUUCUUUGGAUCCUGCACAUGCCGAACGGGUUCAGAACUGCCCUAUAGUGUAGAUUUGUUGGCUUCCCUCUGGUAGAGUACUUAAGGAAGUGUUAAGUAGCUAGUACUAGUCAAUCAUGAGACUCAUCCCCUACGUCGGAUAUGGACAAGCAAGAACUACUUUUGUAAGGCUAAGUGGCCAGUGUAUCGAAUAUAACAAGUAAGAACUAAUUUUGUAAGGCUCAAGCGGCCAGUGUACUGAGUCUUUUUGUUAUACCCUGUAAGUAAUGCACCUGCCAACUCUAUUAACAUGCCUGUUGCCGCUAUCUUUUGUAUUGACGCAUAUCAGCUAUUUAUAUAAAUAUUUCUAGCUUACGAAAAAAGAGAGAGAAAGAGUAUGUAACAAACCAGCAGGACUACUAGGGCCAAAGGCAAACAGAGGACCACUAACUCUGCCAAAUACUUCUGCACAUAUUGCACCAGCUGCCAAGAAACAUCCGAAUGAAGACCCUCAGCUCCUAUAUAAACAUCACAAGAGCUUUAGAGUAGGGCACGGAAGAACUUGCAUCUUAUUUUCUUAGCUAAAGUUUUAGCAAUCUGGAAUCUCUCUUUUCUAUUUUCCCUUUUUUAUCUAUCUUUUGCCUUGUGUUUUUCCUAAGUUGAGAAUUGCUAUAUUGUAAUUUCUCCCUAUCAGUUGAAUAGAAUUUUGAAUCGUUCCAUUUGGUGCUUUCAUUGAGCCUCCUCUACCAAUGAGUGACGGUGCUCCUAACACACAUUUGCGCAUAAUGGACGAGGCCUUCAAGAAGCUACAAGAAACUGUUGAUUCUCACAGUAAGACUUUUGACUCCAUUAACUCCGCACUUCAAGAAAUUAUCUCCCAAAUUUCCACCCUCCAGACCCAGACUCAGCAUACCCAGCCCUCUACCAAAAGCCUAACAACCUCUAACCCUAGUUUUUCUUCCAUACCGCCACCACAAAAUUUCUUCUAUCAACAUCUAUCUCCCCCAACCCCAACUCCACAGUUGACUCCACCACAACAGCUACAAGCCCUUUCUAUAAACCAGAACCCUUUUGGCUCUUUUCGAAGAGAUAAACCAGCACCUAUAGAUUUAGCCCGUUUUGAUGGCUAGUUUGCUAAAAGUUGGAUUUUCCAAGCAAACCAAUACUUUGAUGCUUAUAAUGUCCAUGAUGAACAUCGUUUGAACCUUGUCUCUUUCUAUCUUGAAGGCAUGGCUAGAGAUUGGUAUCAAUGGAUGUAUAAGAACCAUCAACUCAUUGGCAGGGAACACUUUAUUAAAGCUUUGGUAACUCGUUUUGGUUCAAAAUCCAUGGAAGCACCGGAGGGAAUUUUGGGGAAAUUACAGAUGACUUCGACCGUAGCUGACUAUCUUUCUCGAUUUGAGCAACUGGCUAAUCGCACUACUGAUGUUUCUCAGAGAUGCUGCGGCAUCUUUUUAUUUCUGGGCUACCUACAGAGAUCAAAAGUGAUGUUUUAUCAUUUAGGCCAAAAGACAUUCACGAGGCUAUCAGUUUGGCCAUGUUGCAAGAGCAAAAAUUGUUGGCCCAAGUUAAAACACCAAACCGAUCCACUUCUAUCACUAAAAAUAUUUCUCUCUCUUUUCCAACUUCCCAAACAUCGCAACACAAAUCGACCCCAUCUUUUCACCCUCUUCUUCAUUCGCUCAGGCAGCUUCACUUCCUAGUAUUAGCCGUGUUCCAUUCAAGAAACUUUUUCCUGUGGAAUUGCAAAACGAGAUCUCAAUUUGUACUUCAACUGUGAUGAAAAAUAUCAAAAGUGCCAUCGAUGAAAUAUUUCUCCACAACUUCUGCUCUUCCUCACUGAUGAGGAUCAAGUGGAGGAACCUCACCCGUCGGAUGUUGAUUCACCUCCCCUAGACUUUAAUUUCAUUCACCACCCUCACUGAGGAACCAUCCUUCUUCGCCAUCAGUUCCCAAGCCCUUACUGGCAGUUUUCAUCCCACUGCUUUUUAUUUUAUAGGUCAUAUUAAAGGCCUGACUGCUUAAAUUCUACUUGAUAGGGGUAGCACCGAUAACUUUAUACACCCUUGUGUUGCUAAGGCUCUCAAACUCACUUAAAUUCUUCGUUGUUGUGGUUAAUGGAAAUCGGUUGCCUUGUUUGGGAGUGAUACGCAAUCUUUCGGUCACUAUUCAGGGACAUUCCCUUUC